AUGAGAUCUGGGAAAGCUGAUGAUAUCGAGAGGCAGCAGCAGCGACAAAAACAAGGACAAGGACAAGGACAAAAUAAACAAUCAGCUUCGCCUCUCGCACACACAAUGGCAACACAAGUUGCCGGAGCGGUAAGUACUAUGAUGUUGUACCCCUUCGAUACACUUAGAAUACGAUUUAUGUCACAAGAUGGUACUUUACAACGACAACAUAAUGGACAAACAUAUCAUUCUAUUAGUAAAGCUUUAACUACCAUUUAUCGUGAAGAAGGUUUACGAGCACUAUUCCGUGGUUGUCACAUUGCAGUAAUGGGUGCUGUUGCUGCAUGGGGAGUGUAUAUGUAUCUUUAUCGUUCACUUUGUAGUUUAUCAGAUCUUUAUAUGCCUCAGGGUGAGUUGAAACAAGUAGAAGACUUUGUUCGUCGUUCAUUUCUCUCAGGCGUUGCUAGUAGUUGCUCUGCAGUUGUGUGUAAUCCUAUAUGGCUUCUAAAGACGCGUAUGCAGUUGGAAGAAAUAUCUUUUCGUACCUCUGGAACAAGAACUGGAAAUUAUUUAUCUUUUAUUCGGGGAUUAAUACAUGUUAUCCAGACCACGGGUUUUUUUUCGUUAUGGCGUGGGGUUUCUGCACAAAUCCUACUUGGGUUACCAAAUGCGUUUAAUUUUCCACUAUAUGAAUUAUUUAAAUCAUACUAUAUGCGGUAUACUUCUCGAGAUAAUCUUAGUACAUUAGAGAUUUCUCUAUGCUCGACGGCUGCGAAGUCUCUUGUAACUCUUUUUGCUCAUCCUAUUCUCGUGCUAAAAACUCGAUUACAAGAUCAUAGAAGCCGUUGUGGUGAAUUAAAGUAUGUUUCAUUUUUUCAAUCCUCUUCACUUAUUUGGAAGAGAGACGGCUUGCGGGGUAUGUACCGAGGUGUUGUACCCUCAUUUUUUCAAACUGUACCACGUUUAGUUAUGACUAUUGUACUGUAUGAGAAAUUUAUGCAGUUUUAUUCUAAACGUAACAGUCUCAGUAAUUAG